AUGCAGGCUGUGUGCUGGCUGCUGUGCCUGGGCCUCGCGGGGACGGUCGCCGCUCUGCAGAAAGACCAGGUGGCCCGGCACGCCGUCAAGGUCUAUCGAAGCAAAACGACCACUCCCGGCCACAGCUGGUUGGCCAAGAACUGCAAGCAGCUAGUGAGCCUCCUGCGCCAGAAGAAUGUGGCCAUCAAGAAGCUGGCAGCCGCCGCUAAUGCUGUUGGACGAGACCAAAUCCUUUCUGAACCAGAGAAGCACUUCCAGGUUCACACCCUGGAGGUUUUUCAGAAGGAGCUGAAUGAGAGCGAGAACCUGGUGUUUCAGGCGUUGCACAGUCUCCAGAGGGCGCUGCAGGGCGACUACAGAGAUGUGGUCAACGUGAAGGAGAGCAGCAGGCAGAGGCUGGAGGCCCUCAGGGAGGCAGCCAUAAAGGAAGAGCAGGAGUACGUGGAGCUGGUGGCUGCAGAGAAGCAUCAGCAAGAAGCUGUGAAGAGCGCUUUGGCCCAAAACAAGAGUCUGUCCUUACUGGACGAGAUCCUGGAGGACGUCAGGAAGGCAGCCGACCGACUGGAGGAGGAGAUCGAGGAGCAUGUGUUUGACUACAACAAACAGAUGAAAGGAGUGAACAUAGAAGCAGUGCUGAGGGUGGAGGAAGACGAGGAGAAAGGAGGGAAGGUGAAGAACAAGUCCAGGAAGGUGGAGGUGGAGGAUGAUUUGGGACUGAGCAUGCUCAUUGACUCGCAGAAUAACCAGUAUGUUCUGACCAAACCUCGAGACUCCACGAUGCCAAGAGCCGACCAUCACUUCAUCAAGGACCUGGUGUCGGUGGUGAUGCUGUCCCUGCCUUGUGGUUGGGUCUGCACUUUAGUGGGUCUUCCUCCAAUGUUUGGGUAUAUCAUCUGUGGGGUCCUGCUGGGUCCUUCGGGUCUCAACAGCAUCAAGUCUAUAGUUCAGGUGGAGACUCUGGGGGAGCUGGGUGUCUUCUUUACGCUCUUCAUGGUCGGACUGGAGUUCUCACCUGAGCGUCUUCGGAAGGUGUGGAAGACCUCGGUUCAGGGGUCAUGCUACCUGAGCCUGAUGAUGGUCAUGGCUGGUUUGUUAUGGGGUCAAUUUCUUCAUAUCCGACCCACCCAGACGGUCUUCAUUUCCACCUGCCUGUCCCUGUCCAGUACUCCUCUAGUGUCCCGCUUCUUAGCAGGAGGAAGCAGGGUGGAAAAGGAAGGUGAACUGGACUACAGCAGCGUCCUCCUUGGGAUGUUGGUGAUGCAGGACGUUCAGCUCGGCCUCUUCAUCGCCGUCAUGCCGACUCUGAUCCAGGCCCAGAGCGGAGACUUGGACAGCUUUCUGUUUGGAGGCCUGCGGGUGCUGAAACUCCUGGCCCAGGUUCUGAUGUCCCUGGCCGUUGUGCUGCUGCUGUGCAUGUUGCUCAGGUCGUUCUUGAUUGGUCCGUACUACAAGAAGCUUCACGCUGAGAGCAAAGGCAACAAGGAGAUCCUUGUACUGGGAACGACGGCGUUUGUCUUUUUCAUGCUGAUGAUAACAGAGUUUCUGGAUGUUUCUAUGGAGCUGGGAUGUUUCGUGGCCGGAGCUUUGCUCUCCUCUCAGGGUCACAUGGUCACCACUGAGGUCACAGGGGUCAUCGAGCCCAUCAGAGAUUUCCUCGCCAUCAUCUUCUUCGCUUCUAUUGGGCUCCACGUGUUCCCUACUUUUGUGCUCUACGAACUCACCAUCCUGAUGGUGCUGACGCUCACACUCGUCAUCAUGAAGUUCAUCAUGGCCGUGCUGGUGCUGUCCACCAUUUUGCCUCCGGGUUCCCGACACAUACGGUGGAUCGUCUCAGCGGGUCUGGCUCAGGUCAGCGAGUUCUCCUUUGUCCUCAGCAGCCGGGCCCGUCGUGCCGGCAUCAUCUCCAGAGAGGUAUACCUGCUGGUCCUCAGCGUCACCACUCUCAGUUUGCUACUGGCUCCGCUGCUGUGGAGAGUUACGACACAUAGAUGGGUCCCACGCACCGAACGCAAAACUGUCACAUGACCUCAGAGAAACUUUAGUCCCUAAAUAUUUAAACGAGUUUCAUAAAGCUUGUUGCAAAAAAAAAAAAAAAAUCAAGCCUUUAUUCCAUCAUGCUGGACCAAAUCUCUGUAAUUUACGUCUACAAAAAACUGUCACCAAGGUUUACUCAGUGUGUCGUUUGUUAUAUUUUC